CGCCACGUUAGCCCUAAAUCUGAUGUGUUGCCAACUAGGCAUAAACCCUAGUCUAGAACUCCAGCGCCAAUGUCGAGUGGAGCAGCGUCGCGGAGAGGCCCGCCCAAGCACCAGAAUACGACUGCGUGGAAACCCAACAAAGGAGUGAAGAAGAACGACAAGGAGCUUGGAGGCAAGAUGCAUCCAUACCCCGCGAUCACUGGAGUUUGCGCGCGCUGCAAGGACAAGAUCGAAUGGCGUCGCAGAUAUGGGAAGUAUAAGGCUUUAGUCGAGCCCGCCAAAUGCCAACAAUGUGGGAAGCGAGUAAUUCGCCAAGCUUAUCACAAGUUUUGCUCAGCCUGCGCGAAAGAGAAGAACGCUUGCGCGAAAUGCUGCCAGUCCAAUCUCCCCGUUGUUGGAAGGAACGCUGAAGAGGAAGCGAAUGAACGAAAGCAACUCGAACAGGCACUCGGUAACCUUCGUGAGCGAGACAAGCGAACCUUACUCCGAGCGAUGGAGAAAGGCUCGUCUAAAUCGCUGCCUAAAACACCACGAAAGGAUGAGCAAGGCGAAGAUCAAGAUCCAAGUUCUGAUACCGGAGAUGAAGAUGACGACGACGAUGGUGAUUCUGAGCCAUCGGGUACUGAGUCCGAGUAGAAUUUAUCCAGUCUUUUGCCUCAACUUCAUGCUACGCCAUAGUUUCCUCAUGUAACCAGAGAGAGAUACCAACGACAGGCCUGUAGAUAGGUAGAGAAGCCCCACUCCAAAACCGCUGAGAUAAGCUUCCAUUCCAGUCCUGUGAAGUAGAGUUACUAACGGUUUCAUCGGUGUUGUUUUUGAA